AUGUCCAAACUUCUUACCGUUGUCGGUGCUACAGGCACUCAAGGCCUGUCGCUCAUCAAUGCCGCGCUUAAGGACGGCAAUUAUAAAAUCAGGGGAUUGACACGUAACCCCAACAGCACGAAAGCAGCUGAACUGGGCAAGCGUGGAGUUGAAGUCGUCAGGGCUGACAUCAAUGAUGGAGAGUCUCUGGUCGAUGCGUUCAAGGGCUCAAAUGCCAUCUUUGCAACGACGGACUUCUUCGAGCCGUUCAAUACGUACGGACCUGAGAAGGCUAUUGAAAUUGAAUAUGCGCAGGGCGUCAACAUGGCCAAGGCCGCAGCCAACACACCCACGCUCGAACAUUAUAUCUGGAGCACACUUCCCAACGGCGGCAAGCUGUCGGGCGGCAAGCAUAUGAUUCCACAUUUCGUGGCCAAAAACCGCAUCGAUGACUAUAUCAAAGCGGACAAAGCCUUGUACGCCAAGACUUCAUUCUUGUGGAUUGCUUGGUACGGGAACAACUUCCAGUAUGCAGUCUUCACACCCACCUUCAUGAAACUGCCUGGAACAUAUGUGCAGCUGUCUCCAGUCGCAUCAGAUGUACCAAUCCGAGCAAUCGGAAACCCAACUGUAAACAUCGGUAUUUUUGCGCUCGCGGUGUUGAAGAAGCCGGAAGUGACUCUCCCGGGGCGCUUCGUAUUCGCGUCUAACGAGGAAAGUACCACAGGCAAACUCCUGGAGGAUUGGUCUGAGGCCACAGGCAAGCCGUCACACUAUGUGAAAGCUUCGUCGCUGGAGGAGUAUGCCAACAUCUUCCCUGGAGGCUGGGGCUAUGAGAUGGGCUCGAUGAUGGUGAUGUGGGAGGAGCUCAGGGACAAGAGUUGGUCUGGUGAGGAGCCACUGGUGACCAUCGACGACCUUGGGUUGCGUGGAAAUCCCGAAUUGACGACGGUCAAGGAUGCUUACAAGGCCAUGGACUGGAGUGCACUGUUGUGA